AUCCUAAAUAAUGGGACAUUUGAGAUAUUAUAUUGAAGGUUUCACCGCAUUAAGAAGCCUCUGAGAGGAGGGUACUUAAAGGGUUUUUAUGGAAACACCGAGUUCCCCUUAAAGCCUAGACUGUAAGUCUGCAGCCCGGACCUCCCCUUUAACGCUGCUCCUCCGCCAUGUCUCCUCCUGAGUCGGCGCAACACAACAGCUCCAAACAUCCCCCGUGUGCCUCUCCGUCCGCCGCGUCACCAGCCCGAGUCUUUCCCCCUGCCAUGCCCCGGGUCACCUCGCUGCUGCCGGCCCUGCUGUUCGCCCUGCUGCCCGGUCUGAGCCAGGGCUAUUUCCCCGAGGAGCGCUGGAGCCCCGAGUCUCCGCUCCUCGCUCCCCGGGUCGUCAUCGCAUUGAUCUGCCGCAACUCUGCGCACUCUCUGCCGCUGUUCCUGGGAGCCAUCGAGCGCCUGAACUACCCCAAGGACCGCAUCGCGCUAUGGGUGGCGACAGAUCACAACAUCGAUAACACCACCGCCAUCCUGAGAGAGUGGCUCAUCAAGGUGCAGAACGACUAUCACUAUGUGGAGUGGAGGCCUGAUGAAGAGUCCAGUGCCUUUGAAGAUGAGGUGGGGUCUAAGCACUGGAACAACCUGCGUUAUGAACAUGUGAUGAAGCUCCGUCAGGCGGCGCUGGAGACUGCCCGUGAGGUCUGGGCCGACUACCUCCUGGUGGCUGACUGCGACAACCUGCUCACCAAUCAGGAUGUGUUGUGGAAACUGAUGAGAGAGAAUAAAACCAUUGUGGCGCCCAUGCUGGAGUCUAGAGCAGCGUACUCCAACUUCUGGUGCGGCAUGACGUCACAGGGUUACUACAAGCGCACGCCGGCCUACAUGCCCAUUCGUAAACUGGAGCGGCGUGGCUGUUUCGCCGUCCCGAUGGUCCACUCCACCUACCUGUUGGACCUGCAGAAAGAGGCUUCCCGUCAGCUGGCCUUUCAUCCACCACACCCAGAGUACAGCUGGGCGCUGGAUGAUGUCAUCGUCUUUGCUUUCUCAGCUCGCAUGGCCGACGUGCAGAUGUAUGUGUGCAACAAGGAAACGUACGGGUAUUUCCCCGUCCCCAUGCGUUCUCAUGCUUCCCUUCAGGAUGAGACUGAGAGCUUCCUGCACACUCAGCUUGAGAUCAUGGUGAAGAAUCCCCCGUUGGAGCCGUCCAGCUUCCUGUCUCUUCCUCCCAAGCAGCCCAACAAGAUCGGCUUUGAUGAGGUGUUCAUGAUCAACCUGGUGCGGAGAACUGACCGCCGUGAGCGGAUGCUGAGAGCGCUGUACGAGCAGGAGCUCAGCUGUAAGGUCGUUGCUGCUGUGGAUGGCAAAGCUCUGAAUAAGACCGAUAUAGAGUCUUUGGGGAUCAAGAUGCUGCCGGGUUACAAAGAUCCUUAUCAUGGGCGACCUCUCACUAAGGGUGAACUGGGCUGUUUCCUGUCUCAUUAUAACAUCUGGAAGGAGAUAGUAGAUCGAGGUUUGCAGACCUCCCUCGUCAUUGAGGACGACCUCCGCUUCGAGGUGUUCUUCAGACGGCGUCUACAGGCGCUGCUGCAGGAGGUGACGACACACAAGCUGGACUGGGAUCUCAUCUACAUCGGGAGGAAGCGGAUGCAGGUGGACCACCCCGAGACAUCUGUACCAAAAAUCCACAAUCUGGUGGAGGCGGAUUACUCCUACUGGACUCUUGGCUACAUGUUGUCAUUACAGGGAGCCCAGAAACUGCUCAGAGCCCAACCUCUGACAAAGAUGCUUCCUGUUGACGAGUUCCUCCCUGUCAUGUACAACAAACAUCCAAUCUCAGACUACAUGGACCACUUUGAGAGACGGGACCUCCGUGCCUUCUCAGCCGAGCCACUUCUGCUGUAUCCGACCCAUUACACAGGAGACCUGGGCUACAUCAGUGACACGGAAACCUCUGUGGUCUGGGACAACGAGACUGUCAGGACCGACUGGGACCGAGCCAAGUCGAGGAAAACCCAGGAGCAGGGGGAGCUGAGCAUUGAGGCCCAGAACUCGGAUGUGCUGCAGUCUGAACUGGAGAACUGGAGCGCACGAGACGAGCUGUGACCACAAGGAGCAGACACCAGGAGAAUAAAGCUGUGAUAGCGGGAGGAGAGGAGGUGAUGGAGGGAGUCUUAACAGGAGAGUUUCUCUCUCCCUGGUUUGAUCCUCCUCUGCAGAGAGGAGAUUACAUGUAGAGUUAACUCCUCAGCUAACAGCUAGCAGCUUGUUUUAUUUAUUGCAUCACAUUGACCCAUUGACCUCAGCCUGCUCCAACAGUAGUUUCAUAUUAAGGUACGAUUGUGUCCAGAUGUACUGAAAGAUGCAGCUCCAGGGAAAUGAAGAGACCACUGCUGAAGUUCUUGAUGGAAAUAAAGUUUUUAAAAUUG